CGCACUGAAUGCUUUAUGCUGUGCCUAUCACUUGUCCCGUUUUGCAAGUCAUGUGCGCUCCGAAGAUUUUCCAUCCAGCCCGCCCAGCAGAAGAAGAUUCCAAACCGGUAUUUGGGCCAGCCCAGCCCCUUCACACACCCACACCUUCUCAAACCAGGGGAGGUAACCCCAGGAUUGUCACAGGUGGAAUAUGCUCUUCGCCGACACAAACUGAUGGCAUUGAUCCAGAAGGAAGCCCAGGACUGUGAAGGAGUGGACCACACAGUGAUUCUGCUAUCGAAUCCCACGUACUACAUGAGCAAUGACAUCCCCUACGUUUUCCACCAGGACACUAACUUCCUGUACCUCUGCGGCUUCCAGGAGCCUGACAGCAUCCUGGUGCUGCAGAGCCUUCCUGACAAAGCACUGCCCUCCCACAAGGCCAUCCUCUUUGUGCCCCGGAGAGAUCCGAGACGAGAGCUGUGGGACGGGCCCAGGUCAGGCACAGAUGGGGCUGUUGCUCUCACAGGAGUAGAUGAAGCUUACACUAUAGAGGAGUUCAGGCACUUGGUGGCCAAGCUGAAAGGUGAGUCAAGCAUGGUGUGGUACGACUUGACUAAACCAGUGCAUAAAGAGCUGCACUCUGACUAUAUGCAGCCCCUGGCUGAGAUAAAAGCUCGCAGCAAAAAUCAUAUCCAGGGCGUCCGACGUCUAGUGCAAAACCUUCGGCUGAUCAAAUCUCCUGCAGAGAUUGAAAGGAUGAAGAUAGCUGGACGGGUGACAGCAGAGGCUUUCAUAGAGACAAUGUUUGCCAGCAAAUCUCUGGUGGAUGAAGCCUUUCUGUAUGCAAAGUUUGAAUUUGAGUGCCGGGCUCGUGGUGCUGAUAUCUUGGCCUACCCCCCUGUUGUAGCUGGUGGCAAUAGAUCAAACACUUUGCACUAUGUGAAGAACAAUCAGCUCAUCAAGGAUGGUGAACUGGUCUUGCUAGACGGUGGAUGUGAGUCUUCCUGCUACGUAAGUGACAUCACACGAACCUGGCCCGUCAAUGGAAGGUUCACCAAACCUCAAGCAGAACUAUACCAGGCUGUCCUGGACAUCCAGAAGUCCUGUCUGAGCCUCUGCUCCCCAGGUGUGAGUCUGGAACAUAUCUACAGCCUCAUGCUGAGCCUUAUUGGACAGAAACUGAAAGAUUUGGGGAUCCUAAAGAGCAGUGUCACUGAGAGCCAAUUCUUCAAGGCUGUUCGAAAGUACUGCCCGCAUCAUGUGGGCCAUUACCUGGGCAUGGAUGUUCAUGAUACCCCAGAUAUAUCCCGAUCGCUCCCCCUCCAGCCAGGCAUGGUGAUAACCAUUGAACCAGGCCUUUAUAUCCCUGAAGAUGACAUGAAUGCCCCGGAGAGGUUUCGUGGCAUUGGUGUGCGCAUUGAGGAUGAUGUUGUGAUAGCAGAAGAUUCGCCUCUCAUCUUGUCUGCUGACUGUCCCAAGGAGAUCUAUGACAUCGAGCAGAUUUGUGGCCGCAGCUCGUGAUGACCCUCCUCUGCCUCUUGCAUCCUUCUUGGGGGGCGCACGCCUCCAGGGAUGCAGAUCUCUGUGACUGGCUGUACUUGUCGAGUGAUGGAAGGUGUGGACUGCUGAUGGCUAUUCCCAAACCUGAGGCUGGGAAGUAGAAUGCAAGAGGCUUAGGCACCGAGGGCUGAAAAGCAAAGCAAUCUUUUCUGUGUGCAUUUUCUUUCCAAUUUCCUUCUAGCUGUUGUAGGACAUGGGGGUGAAUUCAUCCCUCCAAUAUGUGGAUCCAUCAGUUCUGGUGCCCUUGGAUGGAUUUUGUGAGUGCCAGCACCAGGGCUUUUGCCUGGUCCCUCUACGUAUGCAUAGGUGCAACUGCUGAGGGCCCUUUAGCGGUAGUUUCACACCAGUCAGUUUUUUAAAACUUUGAAAAAUGCUGUUUUGAGGCAAUAAGGCUGUGUCAGACACCUUUGACUGUAUAGAGCCCUGGAAGAAGGGAGUUUGGUAGUCAGGAAAAUGGGUUUGGUUGGGAGGUAGUUAUACCUGAAGCCUUUGCAGAAUGCUUUUAGUAUUCUAAGGGUAAGGACGCGCUUGGACCCUGUUAAAGAAGAUGCAAAAUGGGCCAACAACAGGGAAAAACAUCUCAUCUGGUCCUUCAGCUAUUUGAAGUGUUUGGUAAGUUUAGAGUGUACUAGUAGGGCUCAGGAGGUUGUACACACCCUUGUACACACCCAUUCUUGCUGUUUUCCACAUUCCCUUUUUUUAUCCCAAAUCUCCAUUCCAGGCUCCUGUUUGGAGCCCACCACUGCCCUGGGAAGCUGGGGCCACGUUGGGUGUGCUGGGCUCCACUGGGAAGCUGCUGGUUGUCACCCAAACGUGAGAUGUUCGAUUCUGGGACAGUCAUGGCACCUUUCUGGUUUAUGCUGUAAGUGCCAGCAACUUCAGCGGUGCAUUUUUCAAGAGACUGCAGUAUGGCAAGUCACAAGUCUUUUUACAGCUUUUGUGAAAUAAUUCUGCUUUUCAGAACACCGAGGGCAUAAUCACUGCUGCCUUUUGGGUUUUGCCAAGUGUCAGUAGGUAAUGCUAUGUGAUUAUAUUUUUUGAGGCAGCUGCAAACGUGAAUUGUGGCCAGGACGGAUGAGGAGUAAAGAGACUUGUCUUUUGUCAACAUCAACCUACAACUCAAGCCAUUGUAUGCCAUAGUAAAUAUACCUACUUGGGGCAAAUGUGGUGUCUGUGUAUUUCCUGAAGAUAUUUUGACAAUCAGUUGUUAAACAUGAGAAAAUUGCCUCUAAUCGAUGUAUCUCCUGUUAUUUCUGCUUACUUCUGCUUCAUAUAAUCUUUUGUCUUUUCUGAUUGUAGCUUUCAGUAUUUUUCCUCUCGGUUUUUUAUUCUCUUCUCUUCCAAUAUUGACUCACUUUGACACACCAUAUCACUGCUUCCUAAUGCCUGCUUUCCUUUCUCAUCAAUGGCAUUGUCUCUUCCCUUUUUUGCCCUAAUUCCCCACGGUAGAUGUAGGGGAUGAUAAUCAGGGUUCUUGAGUUUGACUUCUGGCUUUGUUGCUGUGUAGCAUCUAGCAAAAUCUGCUUUUUUUUUUUUUUUUCCUUUUCUUUCUGCUUCAUUUCACUCAGUGAAGGCCAGCCAGCCAGUGUCACGCAGCUCCCAUUGCUUUUAAUGGGAGCUGGGUAUGUCCACCAGCAUGUGAAUUUGGCACUUGAAAGGCAGCCAAGACACGCUGUAAUUUUGUUUUUUAAACACGAUGAAAAGUGAAUGUUUUUACAGAGUUUCAUGUAUCAAGUUUCACCUAGCGAAGAGAAUCUGCUAAUCUCAGACAUUUUUUUUAGAUGCCCAUGCGUUACAGUGAGAAGCACAGUGUAAAUUGUUAGAUGGAAGGCCUGUCAAGCAUGGACACAGAUCUGACUAUUACUUUUAAUGUUCUUUGGAUUUGUAACACAUUUGUUGUUCCAAUUACACACGUUAGAACCAUAUCAACGAGGAAAAAUCUUGGAUUUUUGAACUUUGUAAGCAGCUUAAAAUAGCAUUAACCUGGGCGCUACAUGUGUCUGCUGAUCAGCACAUCUGCCCAGGUACUUAACUGCAGAGUUAAUGGUUAUACUUACUGUAAAUAAGCCUUUGGAAUACAUAUAAAAAAUUAUUUUUAAAAUAAAUCAUUUUCUAGAAAGUCAUUUAUUGGGCCAUGAAGUUGCAUGGCUGUUGAAUUGAUAUAAGCACUUCCAGGAAAGGCAUUAUUUUUCAGGGAGAUUUAUAAAUUAUCUUGUACAUUGUCAACUACAGGCACACACUACUUCUUUCAGGAAAAUCCUGCAGCUUGCACACACCAGUAGAUUUUAGGAAUGUUGAGGAUGAAUGCUUUUG